CUCCAGAAGCGGCCACCUCAACAAUACCAAUUCGUCAAAUCUGCACCAGCAGCGGAAGAGCAAGAAGAAGAAGCACCCAAGCGGCCAGCUGAGCAGUGUGGAAGCAUAGGGGAGAAGGGAAACGGAACAUAUAAGUAGGAAAAGGAGCAGGUGAUCGAGGAGGCGGAGAGCAGAAGGAUCAGGAGCAGGUUUUAGCCACCAUGAGCAUGGUGCGGCGGAUUAUCCUGCUGGGUCCCAAAUACAGUGUCUGGGCAAAGGGUAGCGGGGUUGGACACACACAACGCUCGGCGAGAUGCGUUAUUUUGAGCACACGGAAUGCAGAAGAUGGAGUUUCGGGUGUGCGUCGCUUUCACCUGGCCACACGGCAUUGCACCCUCAGUCGGCAAGUCAUGCUCGAGCCCGCCAUGGCCAUACCGGCGUACAUUGACAUAACUAACGCCUCCAGCAGGACGCCCGACGAUUCGGGUGAGAGCGGUCGGUCAGGAGGCUCCUCUAAGAGUCCUAGCUCUGGAGCGGGGUCUGGAUCUAGUGCAAGUUCAUCCAGUAGCGGCACCGAUCCUCCUGGCAGCGGAAGUGGAAGCGGUAGCGACAAGUUCCUCUCGUGUCCGAAAUGCGGUAGCGCCUGCACCCAAGUGGAGACGUUCGUUAGCUCGACGAGAUUUGUCAAGUGCGCCAAGUGCAACUACUUCUUUGUUGUUCUGUCUGAAGUGGAGACUAAGCAGCGGGCCAAGGACGAGCCAAAGAAUCAGCGAAAGCCACCUCCACCGCCGCAGAAGAUCAUGGAGUAUCUGGACAAGCAUGUGGUUGGCCAAGACUUUGCCAAAAAAGUUCUAGCAGUAGCUGUUUAUAAUCAUUAUAAACGCAUCCACCACAACCUGCCGCAGCUCCAGCAACAGGGCAGUGGAAGUGGCAGCGGAGCCGGCAGUGGCGGUUUGGAUGGAAUUCCACGUCCCGACCUUUUGCACAUCACCGGAAUCGGUCAUACAUUAAACAGCACGCCGGGUAGCGAGCUGCCGCCCAAGUCGCCCUCCCAGAUGGGUCUGGGUGGCGGACUGGGCGGAUCCGGACUCGGCGGAGGCUUGUCUGGCGCUUCAUCUUCAUCAUCCCGCGGCGGUGGCGGUGACAACCGAGCCGGCUCGGAGAUUUUAGACAGACAGUCCAACGAUGUCAAACUGGAAAAGAGCAACAUUAUUAUGCUCGGCCCGACCGGAUCGGGCAAGACGCUGAUCGCCCAAACCAUAGCCCGCUGCUUAGAUGUGCCCUUCGCGAUCUGCGACUGCACCACGCUGACGCAGGCAGGAUAUGUCGGUGAGGACAUCGAGAGCGUAAUUUCGAAGCUGUUGCAAGAUGCCAACUACAACGUGGAACGCGCUCAGACGGGCAUUGUCUUCCUGGACGAGGUAGACAAGAUCGGUGCCGUUCCCGGGAUCCACCAGCUUCGGGAUGUCGGCGGCGAGGGCGUUCAGCAGGGCAUGCUGAAGAUGCUAGAGGGUACAGUUGUCAAUGUGCCAGAAAGGAACUCACCGCGUAAACUGCGCGGGGAGACGGUUCAAGUGGAUACCACAAACAUCUUGUUCGUUGCCUCGGGUGCCUACACAGGCCUAGACAGGCUCAUUGCACGCCGCCUCAAUGAAAAGUACUUGGGCUUUGGCAUGCCUUCGACCAGUGGUUCUGGACGCCGCGCAGCUCAGUCAGCCGCCAGUCCCAUGGAUAACGAUCAGGAGGAACGUGAUAAAUGCCUGACCAAAGUUCAGGCACGUGAUCUCGUCGAGUUCGGCAUGAUUCCGGAAUUUGUUGGGCGUUUUCCAGUUAUAGUGCCUUUCCACAGCUUGAACAUUAGCAUGUUAGUACGCAUCCUCACCGAGCCACGAAAUGCCCUCGUACCCCAGUACAAGGCACUGUUAGGACUUGAUGAUGUGGACCUAACCUUCACCGAUGAUGCGGUUAAAUCAAUUGCUCAGCUUGCAAUGGAAAGACACACGGGUGCUCGAGGACUGCGCUCCAUAAUGGAGCAACUGCUAUUGGAUCCUAUGUUUAUAGUGCCUGGCUCGGACAUCCGAGGGGUUCACAUUACCGCCGAUUAUGUAAAGGGCGGCUCAGCGCCUGUUUAUAGUCGCGAAUCGGACACGACGGCAUCCGGAUCCCCCGCCACAGACUCCGAGACCACAAACGAUAAUGAUAAGAACUUUGAGGAUAGUGAAAAAUCUUCAUAUAAUGAUAAAUUGGUUGGUUCGCCGUAGCUUCCUUGCCCGAACCCCAUCAAUCUGUAAAUUAUGACCCGAUGAGGAGUAAAUGAACCUCCCACAUAUAUAUAUAUUUAUAUAAAAUCCCAAUCCAUAUGCAUCUGUGAUUCAUUAUCGACGAGCAGCGCAAUCUUUUGAGCCCGAAGCAGUUGUAAGCAGAAUAACAUCCUAACAAAAAUUAAUAUGAAUAAGAAGCUGAAUAAAACACUUUUUUUUUUGUAAUUUGGUAAAUUUUUAAUUCGAAAUUACCAUGUUGAUGAUUGUGAUGUGGUCGUGGUCUGUUGUACCUCUUGACGGUAGGAUCCUCUAUUGCAUAUACCAAUUAUAUAUAAAAACAUAAACAAAUAUAUUUAGGCAAAUUGUGCAUAGUCUAAAA